AUGUUCUCAUACUGUCUGGCGUCAGGGGAGGGCAUCUGGCCGCCGCUGCAGCCCGUCACCUAUGCCUACCUGCCCACGCCCUGGCUACUGCCCCCCAUCCAGGCCCACAACUUCUGCAGCCGGCCGCAGGGCAUGACCGCAGGUGAGCCUGCGGGGCCCCGAGAAUUCCACUACUUCCACGGUCCCACGGCCGCGCCGUCCUGGGGAUGGGCCUUCCCGCAGGCUUACGCGGCCGUCGUGCGCCCGCCCUUCCCCGCAGCGGGUUACCAGGGGUCGGCGGGGAGGCCCGAGAGUGGGGCGCCGUGGCCCGAGGGCAGCAGCGUGCAGGCCGAGCUGCGCUGGGGCCGCGUGGAGCGCGUGCUGGGCCCGGGCCUCGAGCUGCCCGACUUCGUGCUGCUGGAGCUGCGGCGCGUGUACGGCACGUACCCGCACACCGACGCGCGCGUCACCUACCGCGGCGGCGAGUUCCUGGUGCAGGCGGCGCCGCGCGCGCGCGAGCCCGAGUACCGCGUGGAGAGGCGCGUGGCGCGCGUGCCGGCCGGCAGGGGCAGCCGCGACAGCAGCCCGGGCCCCCCCGGGGCCACCGAGCGCAAGCCAGGUCGCCGGAAGAAGAGGAGAGGCCUCCUGGGCUGA